GAACCACAGAAUGUGAAAAUGCUGAAAGGUGGAGCCCUCGAUGGAGUCUACAGGCUGGUGCAGUUUCACAUUCACUGGGGAUCCUGUGAGGGCCAAGGAUCCGAGCACACUGUGGAUGGUGUGAAGUACGAUGCAGAGCUCCACAUUGUUCACUGGAACACAAAAUAUGGCAAAUUUGCUGAAGCUGUGAAGCAUCCCGAUGGCUUGGCUGUGGUAGGCAUUUUCAUGAAGGUAGGAAAUGCCAAGCCUGAAAUACAGAAAGUUGUUGAUGCUCUGAGCUCCGUUCAGACCAAGGGGAAACAAGCUUCCUUCACAAACUUUGACCCUACUGGACUGCUUCCUGCAUCCAGAGAGUACUGGACAUACCCUGGAUCACUGACCACUCCUCCUCUGCUCGAGUGCGUGGUCUGGCACGUUCUGAAGGAGCCCAUCACCGUCAGCCCAGAGCAGAUGUGCAAACUCCGUGGCCUUUGCUUCAAUGCUGAGAAUGAGCCCGUGUGCCACAUGGUGGACAACUGGCGCCCAUGCCAGCCUCUGAAGAGCAGAGAAGUUCGAGCCUCAUUCCAGUAACCUCAGUGCUGAGAGCGUUAGAAAUCGAGCGUGUUUGUGAGGAGCCCCUCUUGCUAAGCACAAUUCCAACCUUUGCCAUGUGUGCCCUGGCAACAUCUCAUCUCCUAGAUCCAUUCUUUUCUUCUCUGCGUCUGAAAUGCCAGCUAAGGAAAUGGGAAAGGCUCUCGGCCAGACAGGAAGGGGGUUCUUAGCGCGGGGCUGGGGAGCUGGGGUGG